AUGUACAUAACCACCCCGACGAUGCAUCACCUCCCACUCCUCAUAUCAAUAAUCAUCGCGAUUGCAGCCCCGCUGGCAGGGUCCGUACCAACCGAAGCUCGGGACAACAACCUCAAACAAGUAUACAAAACAACGGACAAGUUCCCCCUCGCAAAUCCAGGAAACAUUCCAGCCCACGACCCAAACAUCAUCCUCCACAAUGAGAACUACUACCUCUUCAAAGGCGGAAUCAACAUCCCAAUCUUCAAAGCAGCCAACAUAUCCGGCCCAUGGGAAAAGCUCGGCACAGUUCUCGCCGGCGACAGCAUAAUCCACAAAGGCAAUCGCUCCCGACCAUGGGCGCCAACAACAAUCGAAAAAAACGGCACCUUCUACUGCUACUACACGCUCAGCGCAAAGGGGUCACGCAAUAGCGCAAUCGGCGUCGCGACGACAAAAUCCCUCGACGGCAGUCCCUGGACCGACCACGGUGUUGUCAUCAAUACAGGCAAGGGCCCUGGGUCCAGCGUCUGGCCGUACACGAUCACGAAUGCCAUCGAUGCAUCUGUGAUCCUCGAUCGGGAUUCCGGACAGUCUUAUCUCAACUACGGAAGCUUCUGGCAUGAUAUAUGGCAGGUGCCGUUGACGGAUGAUUUGCUUUCCGUUAAGGAUGCAACUGGGCCGGAUGCGGUGCAGUUGACAUUUAUGCCGAGUGCGAAGACUAAGCCUGAGGAGGGUGUGUGGAUGAGUUUUCGAGAGGGAUUCUAUUAUGUUUGGUUUAGUCAUGGGAAUUGUUGUAGCUUCCGGAAGGGGUUCCCUAAGCGUGGGAAGGAGUAUAGUAUUCGUGUUGGGAGGUCGAAGAAUGUGCGUGGGCCUUUUGAGGAUAAGAAGGGGAAGUCGUUGGUUGAGGGUGGUGGUACUGUGGUUUAUGGUUCUAAUCAUGGGGUUGUGUAUGCGCCUGGUGGUUUGGGUGUCUUGGAUGGGAAGAAUGAUUCCGUGCCGGAUAUUCUCUACUAUCAUUAUUUGAAUACGUCGAUUGGGUUUGAACAUGGGCAAUCUCAGCUUGGCUGGAACUAUCUGGACUAUAAGGAUGGGUGGCCAGUGCCUUUUGGAGGCCAAAAUGCCACAGCAAAUGUUGCCCUCGUUAAUGGACCUCCUAGUGGGGGUUAUCUGGCGAUCAUUUUUGGUUUAUGGCUGUGCAUAGGCAAGUGGUUAUAA